UUAACUGGUGUCUCUCUCUGGCGUGGGAAACGAGUUCUAGAGAGAGAGAGAGCUAUGGCGAUGGAUAUGCAGGCCAUGGCCGCUUCAAUAGGCGUCUCAGUUCCCGUUCUUAGAUUUCUCCUCUGCUUUGUGGCCACCAUACCAGUCAGCUGGCUAUGGAGAUUUGUACCAGGAAGGCUUCCAAAGCAUCUCUACUCUGCUUUAACAGGAGCUCUCUUAUCGUAUCUCUCCUUCGGUUUUUCUUCGAAUCUCCACUUCCUCAUUCCCAUGUCUCUAGGUUAUCUCUCCAUGCUCGUUUACAGGCCACUCUGUGGCCCAUUCACCUUCAUUGCAGGCUUUGGCUACCUGAUUGGAUGCCAUGUAUAUUAUAUGAGUGGGGAUGCAUGGAAAGAAGGAGGAAUUGACGCAACAGGGGCACUCAUGGUGUUAACCCUGAAAGUCAUUUCUUGCUCAAUUAAUUACAAUGACGGUUUGCUGAAAGAAGAAGGCCUACGCGAGGCUCAGAAGAAAUAUCGAUUGAUCCAGUGCCCUUCCUUGAUCGAAUACAUUGGCUACUGCCUUUGCUGUGGUAGUCACUUUGCUGGACCAGUUUAUGAAAUGAAGGAGUAUCUGGAGUGGACAGAGAAUACAGGGAUAUGGAGUCCAUCAGAUAAGAGGCCACCACCAUCACCAUAUGGUGCUGCCUUACAAGCUGUGCUUCAGUCUGCUGUCUGCAUGGGGAUCUACUUGUAUUUGGUACCUCAUUUUCCACUAUCUCGGUUCUCCGAACCCAUAUAUUAUGAAUGGGGAUUCUGGAAAAGGUUGGGUUACCAAUACAUGUCAGGGUUUACUGCACGAUGGAAGUACUACUUUAUCUGGUCUAUUUCUGAGGCUUCCAUUAUAAUUUCGGGCCUGGGUUUUAGUGGUUGGUCAGAUACUAAUCCCCCAAAAUCGCUAUGGGAACGUGCAAAGAAUGUUGAUAUUCUUGGUGUCGAAUUUGCAAAGAGUGCAGCAGAGCUUCCCCUUGUGUGGAACAUACAAGUCAGCACAUGGCUGCGCUACUAUGUGUAUGAAAGACUCAUUCAAAAAGGCAAGAAACCCGGAUUUCUUCAGUUGUUGGCGACUCAGACAGUCAGUGCUGUUUGGCAUGGAUUAUAUGCCGGAUACAUUAUUUUCUUUGUUCAUUCAGCAUUACUGAUUGCCGGAUCCAAAGUAAUUUAUAGAUGGCAGCAAGCAUUCCCUCCAAAGAUGGCUAUGGUUGGGAAGGCCAUGGCAUUUUUGAACUUUGCCUAUACGCUUCUGGUUCUAAAUUACGCAUGCAUUGGUUUCCAGGUGUUAAGCAUGCACGAGACGCUAGCUUCAUAUGGAAGUGUGUAUUAUAUCGGCACAAUUGUUCCCAUCAUAUUAAUCAUAUUGGGAUCUCUCAUAAAACCACCAAGGCCUUCAAAACAACAAGCUAGAAAAGAUCAGUGAGAAAAAAAGUUGAUGCCCCUUGCUUGAUUUUGGUGUCCUUGUAUUUUCUUUUUCCUUUUCUCAGCCUAAAUCUCUCUGUAAUUUUCAUGUCCAUCUGUUGUUGUCUAUGGAUAGAUCAGAGAAAAACUCCUCGACAUACUAGUGUUCCAAUUUUGUUCA